GAACUCAAAAAAUGGUCAAAAAACUGUCGUGAUUAAACAAUUUCAUCAUAUCUCAAGCGACGACAAAAAUAAAAAAGAAGUGGACAUGCUAUCGCUGGUCAAUCAUGAUAAUAUUGUAAAGUUAAUAGGUACUACAAAAGAUGAGAAUGAAAGAAUGGCCAUUGUAAUGGAAUACGCAGAGUGUGGCUCUCUUCAUAGCUUACUGCACAAUGAGGAAAAUAAGAACAUCAUUUUACCACAUACACUGCGUAUUAACUGGAUGCUGCAAUGUGCGGAGGCCAUUAAAUACCUUCAUGAACUCAGUCCGAAAAUUCUUCAUCGUGAUCUAAAACCACGUAAUCUACUGCUUUUCAAUAAUUGUCGAACAUUGAAAAUAUGUGAUUUUGGCACAGUUAAAAAGCUGGAGACCAUUAUGUCUUAUGUUGGAACUAUUUGUUAUAUGGCACCAGAGGUACGUACUCAAUUAAGUUUAAAAAGUAUUAUACUUAUUUAAAUU